UUUUCUUUUUUUUCAUUUUCUUUUUUCCAUUAUUUUAUCAACACAAUUAAUUCCAUGUGUAUCCUUUGGUCCUUUCUGUCCCACAGCACAUAUAUAUAGUCUCGCUUUACAUACUCAUUCCAUGGCCAGUACACACACCACACCUCAUUAUAUCUUUCUUUCAAUUCCUAUCCUCUUCCUUGUAGUGUACCCAUUUUGAAUGUGUUCUCUCUCUCUCUCUUUCUUUAGGUCCCUGGUGAAUAUCUAGAACCACUCUCUAGCUAGUUUCUCUCUUCUUGCUAGCUAGCUAUCGCCGAUCACUCUCUUGGUUUAAACCACCUGAAUGCCGGAAAACAUGAGCAUAUCAGUGAAUGGUCAAUCUCAAGUCCCUCCUGGCUUCAGGUUUCAUCCAACUGAAGAAGAGCUUCUUCAGUACUACUUGAGGAAGAAGGUCUCUUACGAGAAGAUUGACCUCGACGUGAUUCGUGACGUUGAUCUCAACAAGCUCGAGCCAUGGGACAUACAAGAGAAAUGCAAAAUAGGAACCACUCCGCAGAAUGAUUGGUACUUCUUCAGCCACAAAGACAAGAAGUACCCCACAGGAACGCGCACCAAUCGCGCAACUGCUGCAGGGUUCUGGAAGGCCACUGGCCGCGACAAAGUCAUCUACAGCAAUGGAAAGAGGAUUGGAAUGAGAAAGACUCUGGUUUUCUACAAAGGAAGAGCGCCACAUGGCCAGAAAUCCGAUUGGAUCAUGCAUGAAUACAGACUAGACGACAACAACACCAGCGACACCAAUAUUGUGUCCAAUGUGAUGGCGGAUGCUGCUCAGGAAGAAGGGUGGGUGGUGUGCAGGAUAUUCAAGAAGAAGAACCAUCUGAAAACCCUAGACAGCCCCAUAGCUUCCGGGGAAGGUAGAAGGAGCCACAUGUUCGACUCGUGCGACGAGGGAGCUUUGGAGCAAAUACUUCAGCAAAUGGGAAGGGGCUGCAAGGAGGAGAGCAGCUAUGAAGGCAACUACAACAGCUAUGGAAGGUUUGCAAUGGGGUUGAACAAUGGCGGCGGCGGUGGAUACAAUGAUAGGUUCAUGAAGCUCCCGAGCCUCGAGAGCCCAAAAUCCGCAAGCAUGGAGAACCACCACAACACCAACAACAACUGCAACAAUAACAUGAAGAGUAAUAAUAAUAAUAAUAAUAAUAAUAACGGGUACCAUCCCAUAAUUCCAGUAGAGAUGGGCACGGACAAUGAAGGGACAUUCACAACGCACCAGGUGAGUGGUGGUGACCCAAACAACAACAACAGCAACAUUGUUCAUCCAUUGGAGGUAGGAUCAGGUGGUGGAGGCCUCACCAACUGGGCUGCGCUGGACCGUUUAGUUGCAUCUCAACUCAAUGGCCAAACCGAUGCCUCUAGGCAACUAGGAUGUGCUUUCAACGACCCCACCAUGUAUUGCACCAGCGUCGACCAUCAUGAUCUUCAUCAUCAAAUCCCCACCCUCCGAUCCUCAUCAACGUCCGCUAACACACGACCUUCCCCUGCACCCGCAUUCAUCAACCCCCCAACACAGGACUUCACCAGCGAGAUUGACCUUUGGAACUUCUCCCGAUCCACGUCCUCACUGUUGGCAUCCUCCGAACCACUGUGCCACGUGUCCAACACGUCAGUGUAGCGAGAUCAAUAAAAUAAUAAUAUAAAAAAAAAUAUCUCAAGUCCCCCUUUUCCUCCAUGUUCGAUUGUUAAAUAUAGAAAUAAUUAGCCCCUACUUCAUCACAUAUCAUGUUUAAUAUUUAAUAUUAGUUCUUCUUCUCUCAAGUCUCCGAGGAUUAUUAUUACAGACUGUUAAAUGUGAUAAUUCUCCUAGUAUACAUUUUUACUUUAAUUAGCUUAUUUCGACUCUUGUUGGUAAUAUUCCAUUGACAAUUGUCUCUUGUAAA